ACGCCUUCCCCAAGCCGCCGGAGAAGCAACAGGCUGAUACUUUGAAACUGGGAGGGCGGGAGGCGUGUCGGUUACAGCUGGCAACUGAGGCAAGGCGCGAGACACUGGAGUGAGGCGGACAGCAGACGCACCACGUCCGGCAAGGCAUACGGCAUUUCAUGUGGAUUUUAAGAGUUUGCACGAGUAUCCGACCAGCCACUCAAUGAAGCGGACGUCAGGCAGCAGCAGGCGCAGAUUGUGAGGUCCUUGACGCAUCCCGCAGGACUGAGAGCAGCGGCCCAAGAAUACACCUGCACUAACACACAGGUGAGGCAGACAAAGAUGGGCGUGGAGCAGGGCGGCGUGCGGCAGGAGGACGGCUCGUGGGUGAAGGGCGAGGGCGGCCACAAGCACGGGUUUGCGCUGCUGGAGGAGCUGAAGAGUAAUGACGCCCUCACCGUGCCGGCCAUCCUGGAGUUCGCCGCCACCAAGCACGGCCAGGCGCCCUGCAUGGGCACGCGGCAGCUGCUGGAGCGGCAGAGGAUCCAAGAGAACGACAAGAAGCUGGAGAAGCUGCGGCUGGGCGAGUACAACUACCUGUCCUACAAGGAGGUGCUGGACAUGACCAGCAAGUUCAGCGUGGGCAUGAGGAACCUCGGCCUGGGCAGCGGCGACCGCGUGGCCAUGUUCGCCGAGACGCGCGCCGAGUGGUACAUGGCGGCGGUGGGCUGCCUGAGGAACAACUCCAGCGUGGUGACACUCUACACCAACCUGCCCAACGAGAGCAUCGCCGAGAGCCUCAAGGAGACCGAAGUGCACACCGCCAUCACCACGCACGACCUGCUGCCGCGCUUCUUCAAGAUCGCGCCACAGUGCCCAGUCCUGAAGCGCAUCAUCGUCAUCGAGGACCAGCUGGAGGGCGUGGGCUCCAUCCUCGAGGCGCCCGCGUCCAUACAGGUGGUGCCCUUUAAGGACGUGCUCACCCUGGAGGCCAGCGAGGAGGCCAAGCCUCACGUGGCCCCCAAGCCUGACGACGUGGCCAUCAUCAUGUACACCAGCGGUUCCACCAGCCUCCCCAAGGGCGUGGAACUGAGCCACCGCAACAUUUUCUCCGCCGUCACGGCAUACUUCAUACAGGCAGACCUGGGUCUGGGGGACACCUACAUCGCCUACCUGCCGCUGGCCCACGUCAUGGAGCUGGCCACUGAGACGGCCCUCAUGGCCAUGAACGUCACCAUCGCCUACUCGUCGCCCUUCACGCUCACCAACAACAGCCCAAAGGUGAUGAAAGGCACGCUGGGCGACGCGCGCGUGGCGCGGCCCACCUGCAUGAGCGCCGUGCCCAUCAUCCUAGAGCGCAUCAUCAAGGGCGUGACGCAGGUCAUCGAAAACCAGGGCUACAUCAAGGCCAGGAUAUUCAAGGAGGCUCUAAAGUUCAAGCAGCGGCAGGACGGCCUGUCCUUCGCCGGGAAGGUCCUGGACAUCCUCAUCUUCAACCGUGUGAAGGAGGAGCUGGGCGGGCAGCUGCGCAUGCUGGUGGUGGGCGGCGCCCCCGUGUCGCCCGAGACCCACAACAAGAUCCGUGCCAUGUUUGGCUGCACGGUGCAGGUCGGCUACGGUGCCACGGAGACCACCGCCAGCAUCUGCAGCAUGGACACGCACGACGCCCGCACGGGGCACUGCGGCCCGCCCAACUACGGUGUGGUGCUCACGUUGGAGGACUGGGCUGACGGCGGCUACCUCACCACGGACAAGCCCAACCCGCGCGGCCAGAUCGUGGUGGGCGGCCCCAUGGUGUCCCGCGGCUACUUCCGCUCUCCGGAGAAGACCAGCGAGGUGUUCUUCGAGCGGGACAACAUGCGCUGGUUCCGCACGGGCGACAUCGGCGAGGUGGACGAGACGGGUGUGCUGCGCGUCAUCGAUCGUAAGGUGGAUCUCAUCAAGCUAAGCAACGGCGAGUACGUGUCGCUAGGCAGCAUUGAGAGCAAGCUGAAGACCCACUGCCUGGUGGACAGCAUCUGUGUAUGCGCCAACCCCGGCGCCAAGAACGUGGUGGCCAUCGUGGUGCCGCACCCUGAUCACAUCAAGAAAAUCGGCACCAAGCUGGGCCACCUGGAGGACGCUACCACCGCCGCCCUGUGCGAGGACCAGGCCGUGGCGGAAGCCUUCGUGGAGGAGCUCAAGGCGCACGGCAAGAAGCAAGGUCUGGGCCGUUGGGACCUCCCCGCCGCGGUCUUCCUCACGCCAGAGCCCUGGACGCCGGAGUCUGGACUUGUGACGGCGGCGCUCAAGGUGAAGCGCAAGCCCAUCAAGACGCACUUCAAGGAGGACCUGGAGCGGCUGUACCGGCGGCUGGAGGAGCAGGACACGCUGACGCCAUGAGUGUUGCCGCGCCGGGCAGUGCCGCCAUGGCGGCUGCUCGCGCUGCUUCCCGCUCGGUCACUCGUCGCGCUCUUCACGCACUCCUUGGAAUUCAUUGCUGCGAUCAUAAAGUCCAUUAUUAGGAAGGCCCGAGAUCUCAUUCGACUCACGAAACCAAUCGACAAACGCGAGUAGCUCGUCCCGGCCUGAGGCGCACACGCCGUCGUGCCAGGUCGUCAAGUCAUGAAUUUGAUAGCCACACCAAAACAAUCACGCGGCCUUCACGAUACUGACGUCCACAGGAACCACUCAGCACUCACUGGCGGAACAAAGGCGUCUGUAUCAAAAGCAUAAGAUGAGUUAUACUUGGGCAGUUGUGGGCGUGGGCGGUUCUCGCCACUCCCUCACGCCCACUGCCGAGGCUGUUGCGGAAAAAGGAGUAAAAUUAUAUAUUUUGGCUAACGUAGCCAUGCUCGAGUUCCUUCAAUAGCGAUUAUUUUGUGGUAAUGAAUGGGAAACAAGUACCAUUUAGUAAAUUGAAAUUCCCGAAUUAUUUUUAUACCCUCGCAAAGAUGAAACGGAAAAAAAAUAUUGAGUAUUUUUGCAAUCGAGAAAGAUUGAUUUCAAGACACAUUAUACUGAUAUCAGAGUUUUAUAUUAUUGUAGAAUAUUUUAGCGUAGAAUGUAUACAUUAUGGACGGUAAAGAUAGAUGAGGGUUUUCCCAAAGCCUGAGUGUCUUAAAGGUGCUGCACAUCCUGCCGCGUCCGUCUCGCCACAAUGCAAACAGGAAUCAAACAAAUCAAUGAUUACUUUCUUUCCCUGACGCGUCAUGAAGGGAAGGUGUGCGUGCAGCGACCACCCCGCCAUCGCCGCCGCCGCCACCACCACCGCCACUGCCUCCGCCAACACCAGCACUACCACCACCACCACCGCCGCCGUUACCACCACUACCACCACCGCCUUUCCACCUACUCAGGGCGCGGCAAGCUUCAGGAGCAAGGCCGCGCUGUCCUGGUUGGUGUUGUGGCCGCGGGGAGGCGCGCACGCACACCUAGCCACAGGUGAUACCUUCCACACUUGUUCUGAGUCUUUGGGCGCCAGGGUGGUGGCACCGCAGCGCCGCGCCAUGCACGCCGUGAUUUACACUCCAAGUACAAAAUCUGUCGUAAACUAUCAAUCAAUAGCAACCCCCAGAAAUACAUUCAACUAAGAAUAAUCGGCUGCAUUGCUCAAUAUAUAUAUAUAUAUAUAUAUAUAUAUAUAUAUAUAUAUAUAUAUAUAUAUAUAUAUAUAUAUAUAUAUAUAUAUAUAUAUAUAUAUAUAUAUAUAUAUAUAUAUAUAUAUAUAUAUAUAGUGUAUGUCAGCUUUGUUCCUUUCAUAAGCAAAUAAAACUGGAAUGGAAUAAUGAAAAUUCCUAUUGGUUCUGUAUAUCCAAGGAAAAAAUAUUUGAUUCAGCAAACUGUCAAAAAGUUUCACGGAAAACGGAAGCAAACGGUAAAAAUUUAAUUAAAGUUUGGAGCAAACACAGAGGCAGCGUGUCGCGUCCGCCGCGAGGCCCCGCGUGGCGGCGCCCCGCCUCACCUGUGUCGCCCUUGUCACCUGUCGCCUGGAACCAAAGGCCUGCACACCGCCCACCAGCCUCACCUCGCACUGGUCCCGCGGCGCCGCGCUCCACUCGCCGCGUUAUGCACUGUUGUGUAUGUACUGCUGCUCGCCGGGCUGGUGCUGUGCCUCUCUCUCUCUCUCUCUCUCUCUCUCUCUCUCUCUCUCUCUCUCUCUCUCUCUCUCUCUCUCUCUCUCUCUCUCUUUUACGUCAAUUAAUAUCGUACAAGAUUUGCGUUUUGUGGUCAAGUGGAAAACAAAACCUCAUCAGGUGUAACUAAUUAGUAGCUAAACCUUAUAGACGUAUUUGUAUGGGUGUAGCGAGGGUGUAGGGGCGCUUAGGUCGCCUGGGUGUCCGUCACGGUGCACUUAACACAAGGGGUAGUUAGUUCCUGGCUGUGGGAGGAUAGGUGUGGCUGUGACGCUACACUGAGUGGGCAGUGUUUACAAGUUAUUGAUGUAUAUUAUUGUUACCUUUGUUGCCUUGUGUUUGACGUUGAUCUAUCGGAGAGCUUUAUAAUGAAAGACUUAGAUGAACUGAGAGAGAGAGAGAGAGAGAGAGAGAGAGAGAGAGAGAGAGAGAGAGAGAGAGAGAGAGGGAGGGGGUGAAAUAUUAACUGAAAGCUGUGUUAUCUUAUUGUCUUCCACUGUGUGUGUGUGUGUGUGUGUGUGUGUGUGUGUGUGUGUGUGUGUGUGUGUGUGUGUGUGUGUGUGUGUGUGUGUGUGUGUGUAUGUAAGGUGUUUUAGCCCCAGAACUUGCAACAAAUAAAUAAAAUAAAAUGAAAGCAACUACGAGGAAGGAAGUGAGCAGAUGGAAACUUUAUUUAUUUACAGAGUUAUUUAUUUACACGAGGGCACGCUUAGAGUGGAAGAAACUGGGAAGUCACGCAUAGAAAACGGUCCACAGUCACUGCCUUGUUUACUUAUGCGAUUAGUGCCUUACUGGCGACGGGAGGAGAGGGAGAGAGAGAGAGAGAGAGAGAGAGUUUUCCCUGACCCUCCCUUUCCUUCUAUCGUCAUCUGCUUGUGUUGCCGUGCUUGUUAACUGUAUGUACAGAACUCAAUGGCUGUUACAUGAUGUGGCUUCCUACACACAGACACGCACGCACGCAAAAGCCGCGCAGUAAGCAAUUCUCUGGUUUUCUCUUAAUAUUUCAUCACAAAAAAUGGAUAAACCAACAUGCAUAAUUUCUCCGGAUUGAAAAUAUAUGUUCUCACUUAAAAAAUCAA